AUGACAUUGCGACGGGCCAGCUUCUCAGCGGCUCACUCCAUGGCCGAUAGCCCAAUUGAUCAUGCAGAUCGAAGACCAGGCCUCGCUCUCAAUCAUAUUCCCAUACACCUGCGACAAGAUUCGCGAUCUAGAGAUUCCCUCAGCGAUAAGCCGUUGACUGCGCCGACAUCUCACACCGAGAGCCAAGGUCUUUCUGCCACUUUUGGCCAGCGGAAGCACUUCCCUGAAAGCCUUCAUUUUGCUGCUAGCUCGUUCCGCCUGCGCUCGAGAACGGCUUCGACGAGGAGCAGCAUCUCAUCGGCAAACGUACCAGACUCUGCGACCACCUAUUCCCACUCAACGCUGGCCAGUCCCAUCAGCACCAGCUACGCCAGCGAUCUCAGCGACAUCUUUUGCGGGCAUUCCAUCGACGCUUCACGUCCUGCCAGCCGCGUGUUUCAUCGGCACCAGUCUUCUACGGGAUCCUUUUGUUCAACCCACGUCAAUGAUGACGAUGACGGCUACUCCUUUGCAGGAUAUCCAGACCUCAGCGCUAAGCUAGGGGAGAUUCACGUCGCCACUCCAAGCACUCCCGUUCCUAUUAAGGCAACUCUGGUCUCAUGUAUAUUGACUUUUACCGUCAGCGUCUCGCCCAUCAAAGAAGAGGAAGAGAGCUUGACUCCCAGCGACUCUCACGAGUGGCCGCAGCUUGAGACAUCAACCAUUGAGCCAUCCUCCUCCUCCAAGUGGGAUACAGCAUCGUAUACAUCGGACGACGUUUCCUCUCAGGACACUGAAGCCAUUCUUGAUUAUACCCUCCAGUUGGUUUUUGGGGUAGAUAUUCAAGAGGACGCGUCCAAGGUGACACCGGCUGUGCGGAAUCUGGUGGGCAAGUUUAUCGGCGAUGUCGGGAAUUGUUUCUGGGCCACGCCAUCAGACGCCGAUAUGACGCAAGUCAUGUCAACAUCAAGCAGCUCCUCGACCCCUUCUCAGGGCGGUAGCGGUGCUGGCGACUCGCAAUCCGGCGGCAAGAGGAAGAAGCAAGGCCGAGGGGAUGAAGAUGACGGCGAGUUCAGCGAGGGUGAGGGCCUGGGAUACAUCCCCUCCAAGAAGAUACGGCCAAAUCCCAAGGAAGAGGAGAAUCUACGUCUAAGCUGUCCUUAUCGGAAGAGGAACCCGUCGCGAUUUAAUGUCAGGGAUCACCACAGCUGUGCCAUGACAUACUUUCCCAAGUUUGCUGAGCUAAGACAGCACAUUGUCAAACAACACAAGAGAGACGACCCGUCCGCAUUUGUCUGUGACAGAUGCAACCGUGACUUUCACACCCGGAAAGAGCUUCGCGAUCACCAGCGUCUGCCCAAGGAGAUGAUGUGUGACAUUAUGGAUCACGACCCAGAGUCGGGAGUAGAUGGAACGACAUCGGUCAAGCUCCUAUCCCGUAAAAGAGCCAGCGGCGCCUCCCCCGAGGCCCAGUGGAAAGAAAUCUGGAACAUUCUGUUUCCAGAUGAUGAGGACCAUCAGAUCCAUCAAUACCACUUUACUCCCGUUAUCGAACAUUUUGAGCUUUCCAAUUACUACAUGUCGUCCUUUGAAGUCCUGCACUCUUCUCUGCGCGACAAGAUUUCGAAUCCGGCAACGCUGGAGACCCUGACCACCAAGUUCCAGCAAUGCUUUAUGGAGGCUGUAGAGCGAUGCAUCGGCGCCGCGCAGAGCAUGCCCUACACGAAUCGCAGCAACAAGAGAAAUGAGCCAUCUCGGGCACAGAGCUUCCAAAGCCUUAUACCGCGAAAGGGAAGGGAGAUACUUCCUCGGCCAGACUCUGGAGUGGUGAUGAUGGACGAGUGUUCCGACGAAAGCGGCAGCAUCAGAAACUCUGCCCUCGGGCCCCGAGACAGCGUGCGGACUAUCAAGGAAGAUCUGCACAGGCGGGGAAGCAACUUGGUUCCUGAUCCCUCAGUCGUGCCUACACCGGCCGCAGUGAGCAUGCUAGACCACAACUUCUCGGGUGACAUGUCAUUUAUGCCAAGCAUGGGCGUCACCGGCCCUAUGAACUCUGUUGCUGUUCAGUCUUGGAACAACAACGUGGCGGACCCUAAUGACGGAGACAUUGGCAACAGCUUUCCAAUGCCUGACCAUUUCUACGCUCCAGGGGAGCUGACACCACAUGGAGACUUGGGGACCUGGGACGAGGGGUAUUACCAAUCGGCGUUUCAUGCGUUGGGCGAUCGAUUCCACGGCUUUGGGGGCGGGCUGAAUUAA